GUCCACGCGCGCCCGUUCCGAUUCCGAAGGCAGGACGCGUACGCGGCGGCGAGACGAGGAACCAACCCAACGGCGACGAGAAAUCCACGGCGGCUAGUUCACUCCAUCCGGCGCGCGCGACUCCCUCCGCCUCGACCAAAACCGAGGGCGUUUUCGUGCCCCCCUUCUCCAAUUCCGGAGCCCACCUCCUCGUCCACUCCCCCCACUCACCUGCACCAUCCCAACCCCGAUCCCCAAAACCCUAGGUCCUUCGAUCUAAUGCCGUGACCUCUCGAAUUCCCAAUUCCCCCAGCCUCUCCAUGGAAGACCCCGUGGCGGCCCCCUCCUCGUCCUCCGCCGCCCCUGCCGCUGCCGCAGCUGCUAGGGUUCCGGCGGCGGCGGCGGCGGCGGCAGCCCCUGCCGUUACCUCUGCGCCGCCCGUUCUCGCUCCGCCGCAGCCCCCUGCCACCGCGCCUACGCUUCCUGAACCCGCGGCGGCGUGCCGGAGGCAGCUGUUCACGGUAGACCUGCGGCCAGGGGAGACCACAAUCGUGUCGUGGAAGAAGCUUCUCAAGGAGACCGGGCAAACCGCCGUGGCACCGUCAGUGAAGACGGAGCCAGCGUUCGCUGCACAUGCGGGCCCAUCUGGUGCGGCACAUCCUGCAGAAAAUGACCCAAAGGACCCAACACAGCCAAAUCGGUUCAAUGCAGUCAUUGAAAAAAUUGAGCGCCUUUACAUGGGAAAACAUAGCAGCGAUGAAGAGGAUCUUAAUGAUGUACCAGAUGAUGAUCAGUAUGACACUGAGGAUUCUUUCAUUGAUGACGCCGAAUUGGAUGAAUAUUUCGAAGUCGAUAAUUUGAAAACUAAGCACGAUGGGUAUUUUGUUAACAAGGGGAAGCUGGAACAGAUUGAACCUGGCACAUCAGCAAAUGUUGCUCCAAAGAAAAGGAGAAGAAAGGAUGCAUCAAAUACUUAUCUGGAAACUAAUCACCUUGCUCCAGUUGAUUAUUUCAAUAUUGGCGAUGUACCUGGAAAAUCCUCUGCAAGAGGUACUGUGCAGGCAGGAAAACAAUUAGCUAGUAGCAACAUAGGUUCUUAUGGUCAAUACCACGAGGACAAUAGAGUGGUGAAGAACAAAACCAGUGGUCCUGGAGGAGCCCCUAAAAGAAAAUCUUCUGAAUUCUCGGGUGGUGAUGCUGCAGCACGUGCUAAGAUUAUUAAGGAUGUCUCACAUCCUCCUUUGGAGCUCAGAGACUUGGAAAAACAUAAAGCUGCAGCACUACCUGUUGACUAUGCACAUAAGUCAAAAACCAGUGAGACAUUUGAUUAUGCUUAUCAAGUUUACAGGGAUAAAGGCACUUCAGUGCAACUUGAUUUCCAACAAAGAAAGGUAAGCGGAGAAAAUCAAGAUCCAUCAAAUAAAGUCUACCGCAAAGAGAGACAUGGAACAGGUGAAUAUCCUGGCAUGGCUAUGGCUAGUGCUGUCUAUUCUACACAAACAAUGCACCCAGUUGUUGGCAGGGAGGGUUCAGGUACUAAACCCAAAGGCACCAGGCUUGAGCGAGCUAUUCGCGAUCUCCAGAAGAUUGUUGCAGAAUACAGACCACCUACAAUUGAUAUUAAUGAGGUAGAUCCAAAUGGCCAAGCAGCAGUUAAAAGACGGUUGCCUCCUGAAGUAAAACAAAAGCUUGCCAAGGUUGCAAGGUUAUCGGCAAAUCAGGGAAAGAUCCAAGAACAUGAGCUAAUGAAUCGCCUCAUGGGCAUAGUUGGACACCUUGUUCAGCGCAGGACACUGAAGAGAAACAUGAAAGAAAUGGUUGAAUCAGGUAUAUCUGCUAAACUGGAGAAGGCUGACAGGUUUCAGCGUGUAAAAUUGGAGAUCAAUGAUAUGAUCAAAGCACGUAUGGCUGCAAAGUCCAAGGUCAAUGAACAACAGGAUGGUUCAGCUGAUGAUUUUCAGGCUACUAAUGAUGACAGAAGAGCUUUAAAAACAAAGUAUGCAAUGGAUACUGCAUUGGAGGACAAGAUGUGUGAUCUGUAUGAUAUGUAUGUUGAGGGUAUGGAUGAAGACAAGGGCCCUCAAAGCAGGAAGUUAUACGUAGAGCUUGCAGAGUUAUGGCCUCAAGGUUACAUGGAUAAUGUUGGAAUCAAAGAUGCCAUUUCUAGAUCAAAGGAGCGAAAAAGAUUAUUGUACAGCCAGCAAAAGGUUCGCAGUGAAGAGCGAAUGAAGAGGAAGAGGAUGGCAGCAGCAGCAAAGCUGCAAGAUGGCUUCCCUGUUGUAAUGCAAAGUGGAGUUCCACAGGUUGCACAACCACCCAUAACAAAUUCCAUCGCAUACCAUGCGGCUGAUUAUGGACAGAACCAGGGGUCGAAAUUUUUUGAAAGGGCUCGUGAAACGAGCUCCAGUGCAAUUCCUGAUGAUGGCAACAGAAAUGCUGGCGAGAUGAAGAAGAAGAAAAGAAAACAUGAACAUGAUCUUGUAGAUACAGAAGCUAACCUACCAAAGGCUCCCUUGCAGCAUGGGAGUGAGAAGCAAAAGCCUUCUAAGCCUGCUGACGAGGCCAGUGCUGGUAGCCUGCCCUCCAUGGCGGCAACUCAAACUGUGCUUGGCCUACCAACGGUGUUUGGUCAUAACCAACAACCUAGCUGAUUAUUUCGGCAUAGUGUUUUCAGGUGCUGUAAGAAAUUGUGGCGUCUCCAUGUGUUCAGCAUCGAUUGUCGAGACUAACAUGUUUCCGAGUCGAGAGGAUAUUUGACUUUGUAAUUUUCUAGCAUUGCAUGGUUCCUUUGCCCAGAUUAUCUGUGCAGCGCUGAUAGAUAUGAUCGGAUGCAGAUUUGCAUCCGUCCAAAUAUCAGUUGUAAUUAUGAAUCGUUUCUAUUGCUGGUAGUCGAGACAUGUAUUGUUCAUAUCGUGCGCUGUAAAAUGUCAUUCAGCAA